CUCUACAACUUCACCAAUUGCCCCCCUCUUCCUUGUUCGUGUCUCUCUCCCUUUCUCGGCUUUCUCCCAUUUGGACUUUGAAGGAUUGCAAUUAUGUCAAGAAAAGCAAGCAAGCAAGUGAGCUUCAGCCCCGACGUUUACGACAGGCCGACGAUUGUCCUGAAACAUGGUGGCAGUGCUAGAAGAGCAGGAAACAGGAAGAGGGUCGUCGGAAUAUUGGGGUUUAGGGUGUUUAGGCUGCCAAGGAGUUCAAGCUUUUCUCCAGCAAGAUUUUUGAUGCGUCUUGGGGCUAAAAUGGCAAGAGCUCUACGUAGUUUUUCGGAGCCAAGGAAGUCUUCACGUAAGGUUUCUUCUUCCAACCUGGUUAGGUCACGGUCUUUAGCUGAAUCCAUUGACUCUCACAGAGCCGAAGCCAUAGAAGACUGCAUCGAGUUCUUGAAUUCUUCCUCAUCUCUGUCAAGAUCGAACUCCGUCACUUCAUGUUCUUGCUAGAAAUUUGUGUUUUUUCCUUCGGGAAAAAGGUGUAAAUUACAGAAAAAAAAAAUGUAACAAAUUUAGGAUUCUUUAGGUUUUUCCCAGUUGGAUGUAGAAAAUUGCAUGCAGAAACUGAAUGCAUUCUACCAUGAUUUUCUCGCCAGCCGAACGAAUUCCAGUA